GCGACUCUCUCCCAACAACAACAACAAAGACGUCAUCAUCCGCAGCAACAACAACCGCCGCAGCCGCCUCCGCCGCAGCAACAGCAACAAACUCAUCAUCAUCAUCAUCGUCCUCACGCUCACCCCCAUCACGGUCAACAGCAACCGCAGCAGCAGCAGCAGCAAGCUAGUUCGGUUACGUCGACCUCCUCCGGAACCGAACUGAUUUCUGCUGAUGAAAAAGCAGUCAUAUCAGGUAUUUAUCAGCACUACUUUCGCGCGAUGCGCGCUCACAAUCAUCAGCAUCGGCAGCAGCAACAACCACAGCAGCAAGCGACACAGCAACAUCGAACGACUCAUCAACUUCAUCAUCAACCUCACCAAAGCGACCGAAGUUCCUCCUCGUCAGUGACGCCGACGGCCACGUCGAUCUCUGGCAUUCUACGGCAGACGUAUCAACAGACGUAUAACGCGAGUUCGAAUUCGUCGAGUCAUCUGCGAGCAGCGACGGCCUCGGUUGUCGGGCAUCACCCGUAUAGACGGCCGUCGGCGACGUUACUGUCACGUACAGCGUCACACGUUGGUCAGCAGGCUUCUUCCUCAUCUUCCUCGUCCUCUUCUUCCUCCUCGACGUCGAUCGGUGCUUCCAGCGGCGUUUCCUCCAGCGGCGUUUCCAGCGUAUACGCGAGUACGAUACACAGGCAUCACGCGACCUCGCUACACGCCCUCCAGGCAGCCGGUUUUUACGAAACGCCCGGUUAUCAUGCGCUUUUGCCGCAGAGUUAGGUGUCCACCGGCAUCGGCAGCAGCACCAACGUUAACCCGUUCGAGACCGACCCCGUUGCCACCACCGUUCAUUUAUUCACCUAAUCCGGCUGCAAAGCUGUGUGCUCUCUCUUCCCUAUUGUACGACUUAUCUUCCAUACUCGUUAAAGAGCAUACGGGUUGGUCUAAACUCUGCCUAGUACACUCGGGAUACAUCUAUCUCUGCGACGUACACGCUACUUCUAUCUACGUGUAUAUUCCACUGUAUAUACAUGGAUCUGUAUGCAUACGUAUAUACGUCUAUGUACGUAUCGUCGUCGACGCAACGACCGUACGUGCCGUGCUCUUCGUUGUUGGCAGCAGUGUGCGGGUGGCCGGACGAACGGACGAGCAGAAACCCACAGAAUAAACACACGACGCAUACACACCAUCAUCACUACUAUCACCGUCACACACAGAUAUACGUUCGAGCCAGGGACAGAUGGAGGGAAGUACCAGCAACUGAAAUGGUCGUCCGUCUAUACGCAUCGAGCGAUUUCAUCCACCUGCGAUACGUGUACAUUAUGUUCAGCCGAGACCCCGAAUUACAAUGUGCGCUCCUCGUGCGGGCCUCACCGUGGGUGGACCACCUUCUCGGCUCUACGUGAAUUUUUCUUAAAUCGUCUACCCCUCUCUCGAUGAAUGAUCUCUCUCUCCGACCAGGCCCAGAUCUUAGCCUUCGAGCAGGAACAGAGAGAGGUAGAGAGGACUGUGUGCUGUCAGCCGGCGAAUGAAAAGCACUUAAGAAGCUGCGCGGUAUGCAUCUAACAAUGACCCUACCCACCUCUGACGCACGAAUUGUUCCUAUAUCAGAGUACACCAGCUGAUUCGGCAAAUAUAACGUGCGCUAUUUUACGCUAUUCUUUGUACGCGCUUCAGCGCGUACCCGGUUUAUAUACGGGGGCACGGCUCGAUCUCAGCCGAGCACGCCACUCCUUCCUUACCCCUAUAAUUCGCUUCGAGUUACCGAAUCUUUUUCAAUCUCGAUCCAUCCAUCCUGCGAUACUCUUUCUUUUUCUCCAUCCUAUCCUACGAUACGUUCUAUCUCGUCUCUUUGUGAAUUUUUUGCACUCGCGAAUUCUCGAUAUUUCGAUCGCGUCGUUACAGCAAAAGCAAUAUCGUCGUCCCUGCAACCGAAUCGCUCGAAUCUCUCUGGUAUAUACGGUGGAGUUGUGUCGAAAACAUAGUCGUGCCAGGGGGUUGCUGCGGUCUUGCGAUAGUUGAACUCGAGGGGAGAUAGCGGCAUAAGCGAUAGAUAGACCAUAACGCGCGCAAGAAAGAAAGAAUCGGAGGGUGGAGAGUCUCGAUCCUGGAAUGAGCACCGCGUGGCCAUAAAGAGGAGAGACACACGUCCAUGUGUCACGGACGUCAGGAUAUUAUAGGUUACUCUGUCUAUCUAUGGAUAGUUCGAACGAUUCGAAACGAUGGACCACGCCCUCAGUCUGCCAUCUCCGCUUCGACGAACUCUCCACGAUCGAUCCUUUACUCGCGACAAGCUGGCAAAAAUUACCACCGCAAAAGUCGAGCACGAAACGGGACAACUGAAUACGCCCCUGGAGCGACCCGAGGCCUGCCUCUCCGGCCAAUCGAUACCAUACCGUGUGCCUCUUCCGUUUGACAGCCUCCGCGACGUUUCUCCCUGUUAUUUCUCUCUUCCUUUUCCUAUUUUUACUACCUACACCUUCUUCCUCUAUCCUUCUUUUUCAUCUUCAAGAACCGACAUUUUUCCUUCCCCCCCUUCGAUUUUAAAGAAGGACGAAGGAAUGGGUUUCUGUCAAAUAGACAGCCGUGUCGCACUGGUUCGAUCGCAUUCCUUCGAAUGAAAAAAAAAAAAGGAGAGAAAGAAAGGAAGAAAUGGCUCUCUUUAUCGCGAUACGGCUCAUCGACGUGGCGAACGAUCGAUUUGCCGGAGACAAAGUCUUUCUCUUUGCGCGGCCACGGUUGGACCCCACGUGCCGUUUGUUCGCUUCCUACGUUUCUCCGACUGUUUGCACCAAAAGCGUGUAACUUAACGAGCGAUUGUUCUCCUUCUAGUUCCUUGAUUUCGUGAUUAAUCGAAAGUUUCUGAUCGCUGAAGCCACUACCUACCGCGUGUCUGUUGGCUGGAGCGUUCGUUAGAGCGGCGUGUGUGCGCGUGUAUGUUUACUUUGCUCGAUCGUUCGUUAAAAUUCGAGCCGAAGCGCCUGUUAUUUCUUCCCGUCAUGGUGUUGUGUGUUGGACUUUGGAGAGCUUUUACGAGGAACAGAGAGAGAGAGAGAGAGAAUGCAUGAGUGUGAGUAAAAUGUUUAUAUGUGCGCACUGAGCGUCUACCUUUUGCUAAACGCGCCACGUGUGUCGCCUUGUUUAUCCAUCGCCGCCAUUGCCGUCGUAGACGCGCUCGGCGUUUGACGAUCCUCUGCUCGGUUCUCGAACGACUACGGGAUCUUCGUUUUCUGGGGGGUAAAGCUAGCUAACCAACUACUACUGUAUUAUCAGUAAAAAGAAAAUGAAAAAAAAACAGAACAUACCUACGCAUUUAAGAUAAUGUACAAGUCUCUAGUGUGAUACAUUUCUACGCUUAUUCUCUUAACUGUAGUCAUGAAGUCUAAAGUAACGAUACCUCGUUGUGGUUUGUAACGCGGACUAAAAAGCAAAAAAAAUAAAAAUAAAAAUACAAGUAACAAGUAGUUCUGUAACAGUAAAUAAAUGAUAAAAAAAAUUGCAGGCUAAAGAUAAAAAAAAGACGAGUUACGUAAAGAAGAAAAAAAGUCAUGAAAUAACGACAGUAAAUGAUCAAAAAAAUCCGCUUAGGUUGACCUUAGACUGAGAAAAAGGAAAUCAAGCGAUAAAAAGCUCGCAAAAAGGCGCCAGUGUACUCGUAGAAAGGAAUUGUCCGGCGGCCGACGUCCUAAUUAAUCGCAACGUUGAAAUUGUAAACGACCGCCAAAGGAAAUACCGUUGGGCUUAUAAAAACACAGGAUAAUAAAAAAAAAGAAAAUCUAGAGCGCGCGCGCGAGAGAGAGAGAGAGAGAGAGAAAGAGAGAGAGAGAAAGAGAUUUGCGGAUCCAAGAAAUGGAUGAGAUGGAUGUGUGGAUCCGAAUGAAUAGAUGGCUAUUUCAGAAAAAAAAAA